UUAUGGGAGAAAGAUCUACCCAUUGGAGCAACACCAAGUGAGACACAGAGGCGUUGUUUUAGAAGAUGGUGUUAUGUUGAUAGGGACGAUGAUAUUUGACGACGGGUAUGUUGUUCUUGAAGCAAGGAAAACAACGACGGAUGCAAUUGAUGAAACUCAAAGUAGCAUUUCAAGAGAGAUGCCCUCCUAUGACGCGUACGACAUUGAUGGUGAGGAGAUAAAUGUGAACUCUUCUGAUCAUCAUUUUGUUGACGACGAUGAUGAGAACUUAGCUGGUGUUGGUUCUUGUAAAUUUUGUCGCAAGAAGCAUAAGGGAGAAUCUAUAAAGUGGGAUGGUGUGAGUCAGCAUGAAAAACCGAUGAUUAGUCCAAAUACUUCAUUGUACAGCAGUGAUAGCUUUGUAUCUAAUUGCAGUGAGUAUUUGGUUGAUGUAAAUUCAGAUGGUCAAGAGAGUUGUAGAAGGAUGGAAAGCAACUCAAAGGAAAGCAAUAAUGGCAAUUAUAGGCAUAUUGCAAGAGAUGUGGAAAUACAGACAACUAACGGUCAAGAAGCGAAAGAUGGUGUUUCUGGAAAUCAUGGCCAAUCCUCUGAUGAAGUAACUGAGAAGUUUCAGUCCAUUGACAUUGAACUGGAUGCCAAAAUCUGGGAACCUUCGGAAGUAGAAGACCUAGAGGAUGAUAUGAAGGGGAACAUGGCUUAUAAUGAUGAGGGUAAAUUUGAGAUACAUGUGGUCUUUUACACCUUGUUGGUACUCGUUGGUGGAGGGGAAUGGAAAAUUAGGAGAGGGUUGCAAGAAUCAGUAGAUAUGACCCUUGCUCCUUACUUGCUUGAUGUUUUGCCCCUUAAGGUUUUUUUUUGCAGCUUUUGAUAGAGGAAUAGCAUGGGAUGAUGGAAUUUUUUCUGGAAUCCGUAGAGAGAUUUGUGAGUAUUGUACAUUGUAUUGGGUGGCGAUUCCUUGUUUUCCAAUGCAGUUUUUCUCACAUGUGGGUCUUGCAAAGGCUUAUGCCUAUAACAAGAUGGUAGAAGGCCUAUAAAGACUUGGUUACUAUGAAACUCUUGGGAAUGUUAUAUUGAAGAGAUUUUUGCUGCUUGCUCUUAUCCUUGAUAAAGCUAAAUGUCAGAGUAGCCUUUCCCUCAAGUACGGUAUCGAUGGAGUGGAUGGGGGCUCUCCAUUAUUGUUUAUGGUGCCAUCUG